CGUGUAACACAAUAUUGUAUGGAAGCCCAACAGGAAACAACGGGAUGGAGAAAGUUACAUGAAAACCAGAUUUUGCUGAACUAGAUCAUAUUGAAAACUGUAUUAUUACAUCAAAGUAAUAUAUUUUGACAUCGUCAUGCAUUACUUUGCCACUGGUUUAUUCAGAUAAAAAAUUCAGUCAAGGGGAAAUUGUGCACUUGAAUUUGUACUUCCGCGUACAAUGUUUUUUUCCAGCGACAUACGACAACUUUCGAACAGCAAACCAUAUUAGACGUUUGUCAGUCUUUUUUUGUUGUUGCUGUAUUUUGAGGGGGGAGCGUUUGGGGCUCAGUGGUCUAACCCAGCCAUGAGCAUCAUCGGGGCCGAGGAUGAGGACUUUGAGAAUGAUCUGGACCCCACGGUGGAUGACCACAGCAGUCACUUCACCAGUAUAGAGCUAGUGAAGAGUCGGCCAACCCACCUGCUGGUCUUCCUUCAGCACGUCAUCCUGCAGUUCGACUGCUCCUCCUUGUUAUGUUACCUCCAUGCUGACCUCUUCAAGAACCUCAGUACCAAAGAGACCAAGAAGCAGUUUGUGGAGUUCUACAACAGCUUCCUGGACAAGAGCGCUAUUCUCCGAGUGCAAAUCCCUCACAAUGUAUCGUUUGAGUUGGACCGUACCAGACCAGACCUGCUCAGUGAGGAGCAGCAGAGGAAGGUUGUCCAGGAUGUCCAGUUGGCUCAGGCCCCAGAGGUGCUGCGACAGCUGGAAGACUUUAGGCAGAAGAGGAUGAUGGGUAUGACCCCUAACGCGGCAGAGCUGCUGGAGGUGGAGUCUCACUACCCCACCGAUCGUAUCCCCAUGGAGAUGAAGGAGAAGGCUGUGGCAGAGACCCUGCUGGACAAAAUGUCUGAGAUCCAUCCCUCCGUCGUCGCAGACGAGGAGAAAUGUUCGUCGAUCUUUGCAGCAGUGGCCUUCUACAUGAAGCACCUAGGAGUGAAGUCCAGAGUAGCUGACAGUAAGAAGUCCAGAGGGUUCUUCAGGAGACCCCUUGGGAAGAAUAAGAAGAGUGAGGAGUCCACAAAAUCUAAACCGAAGGGGGGUUUUCCCAACAUCCUCAGCGCCGCCGGUGGCUGGAUUGCUGGCAGCACUGAGGUCAAACUUCCUAAAGUGGAGGCUGAAGUGGAUAAAGAGAAGGUGAAUCAGGAGCGUAAGGUUUCCAGCGGCCUCGCUCUCUCUCGAGGCUCCUCCGCCCCUGAUGCUGCUCCUCCAACAUUAAACAGGAAGUCUGUUUCCACAGGAUCCUCCCCUCAUCAGGGUUUGGAGGUCAGCGAGGGCUCAGGAGUUCACAUCAGUGUGACCUCCAGCCCAGACUUCUCCCACAGCGAGAUGGGUCUGUUCAGCAGCCGUUCGGACCCCCAUUUGGUGGCGGAGGGGGGCGAGCUGUCCCCUGCGGGGAUGGCAGGGGGGCUGGCUGUAUGGGAGCCCCCCUCACCCAAUGAACCCCCCCUGGAGGAAAACCUGGACAAAGACAGACGCAAGACAAGGCGUGUGGGACGCAGUGAGAGUGCUCGUGUGGACAGACAUUCCUCCCGUCGCCGUGGCUCCUCCCGGGCCAAACAGUCGCGUUCCCGUAGCGACGUGGACCUGCAAGCCGCCGCCACGGCAGCACACUCCUCCCCGACCUCUCCCCAUCCCUCUGUUGAUGAAGGGGUGUUACUGCCAGAGGGUGUGCUCCCAGGUCUUUCCCUCUCUGGCCCCACCCCCCAGCAGGAGGAACAGGACCCUCGCCUCCUGGAGCUGGAGCAGGACCCGCCCAACUGGAGAGAACACACCCCCCCAGACACCCUCAAAGACCUCAGCAAGAAGGAGACCAAGCGGCAGGAGGUCAUCAACGAGUUGUUUGCGACGGAGCACGCCCACGUGCGCAUGCUGAGUGUUCUGCAGACAGUGUUCUGGAAGCCUCUGGAGAGAGAGGAACUCAUGACCGCCACAGAGCUGGCCACCAUCUUCCCCAGCCUGGACGAGAUCAUAGACAUGCACUAUGCUUUCUACGAGCACCUGAAGAAGCUGCGUCAGCACAAUUUCAUUGUCAAGGCCAUCGGAACCACGUUACUCAAUAGGUUUGGAGGGACGGAGGGUGAGUGGUUUCAGAAGCUGACGUCUAGGUUCUGUAGUCACCAGACGUGGGCCCUGGAACAGCUGAAGAUGAGACAGAAGAAAGACCCUCGUUUCAACUCCUUCAUACUGGAGGCAGAGAGUCGGCCUCAGUGUCGUAGGCUGCAGCUGAAGGACAUCAUCCCCACUGAGAUGCAGAGGCUCACCAAAUACCCCCUACUGCUGGAAAACAUUGCCAAGUGCACAGAGGACACCUUGGAGAAGGAGAGUAUUCAGCAGAGUGCAGAGUGCUGUAAGAAGAUCCUCAACCACGUCAACGAGGAGGUCAAACAGAUGGAGAACCUGCUGACUCUGAAAGACUACCAGCGCAGGCUGGACACCUCAGGACUCAAACCCAGUAAUGAGCUGUACCUGGAGUACAAGUACCUUGACCUGGCCCAGAGAAGGAUGAUCUAUGAGGGGUCUCUGACCUGGAGAGUGACCAAGGAGAAAACAUUAGAAGUGCAGUGUGUGUUGCUGGGGGAUCUGUUGGUGCUGUUACAGAAGCAGGAUGAUAAGAUGGUGUUGAAGUGUCAGAGUAAGAGUAACAUCGCUGUUCAGGAGGGAAAGCAGAUGCUCAGCCCUAUCAUCAAACUCGACUCUGCCUUCCUCCGAGAGGUGGCCACAGACCGUAAGGCCUUCUACGUGAUCUUCACCUGGGACAGCGGGGCUCAGAUCUACGAACUGGUGGCUCAAUCUGUCGGGGAGAGGAAGAACUGGACAGAUGUGAUCAAGAUGGCAGUAGAUGAGCUGAAGAAGACAGGACCUCCAUCUGACCUGAAGAGAGGAAACAGCAUCUUAACUGGAGGAGGAGGAAACCCAUACAGCCCCACCACGUUUCCUCAACCCCCUCUCAGCCCCACUGAAAAUGGAGGAGUCUUGUUGAAAAAUAGCAUUGAACGAGAUAAGGACAGCCUGACUGAUGAGAUGAAGUCUGUGGACUCUCGUCAUUCUCUGAUUGAUUACCUCUCGGACAAAGGCUUCGACUUGAUUGGCCACAGCAACAGUGAUCAGGUUAAAGUGGCCAAUAGCGCGUUAAACGAAGUCAUGUUCCUCAAGAGACUAUUGGUUGGCAGCAUCAGCCUAUCAGACGACUCACAGCCUGAUGAGCAGAAUGGAAGGGAGGGGCCAGAGAGCCAGUACCAAGGACUGCAAGGGGAGGAGGAGGGGGAGGGAGGAGGAGGAGAGGGUGGAGGGAUGAAGAUAGACGAGGAGGGAGGGAUCAGCGCUCCUCUGAUUCUGUCCCAGGAGAGGAUGGAGGAGGUGCACCGGAAACUGCAGAGUCUGGAGGUACAGCUGAAGAGACUGCAGAGUGUUGAGGAGGAGCACCACCGGCUGCAGCAGGCCCUGUCUAAGUUCUCCCUGGAGGGGGGCAACUUCUAGUGAGACACACAGCGCCACCUUCAGGACACCAGAUCACUGUAAGUGCUGGAUUGGAGUGCUCGAGUUGCUUUUGGAGGAUUGAUGAAUGUGUCCUGGAAUUUCCUAUUUACUAAACACACUGUGCUCCACUGCCAUGCCUGAGCCCUUGUUAAAGAUUUCCAGGGGGUCGCAGCCAACUGUGAGGCCCUUGCAAGGCAGAGGAGCACGGCUUUACGCAAAGUAGUUGAGUAAUGCAAUGUGGGAGGUGUGUUUGUGCGUGUUUGUGAACAUGCUCGUAUGUGCAAGUGCGUGAGCGUGUGAGAGAUGGGAGUUUUGCAAACAGGUGCCAAAGAUUGGAGCAGUAGUUUGCUGUGAGAGAGAUGCUGCCUGGGCUUAUUGAUUGUGAGCUUCUGCAACACACACACACACACACACAACAGAUACUUCCCCAGUGCAUGUUCAAUAAAUAUAUCUAUCAUUGCCAACUGUAGGGGUUUGGACUGUAGAAUAAACCCCCAUGUAUGCAUGUAGAGAGAGAUACUAGUGUCAGCCCUAUAGAGGGCGAUGUAGAGCUGUAGAACCAGACAGGAACAUGCUCAGGGUUGUGAAAUUCUGGUAACCGAAAUUCACAGGUUUUCCCCAAAUCCUGGUUGGAAGAUUCCUGGAUUCAGGAGGGAAUAAGGAGGAAUUCUGGGAGUCGUACAACCGGAGAUUUCUGAAAAACCUGGGAUUUUUGGGACAUUUUACUGAACAUUUAGUAGGCCCCUAUAUCCAGUACAUGCCAAAGUACAGCAGAGAUGCACUUUUAAGUUAGUAUAAUCCAAUUCAAGUGACCAACCACACUGAAUUCCCAACAUUGAAUUUGCUAAUAUGUAUUACUAUUAUUAUUAUUAUAAUAUAUGCCAUUUAGCAGACGCUUUUUUCCAAAGCGACUUAGUCAUGCAUGCAUACAUUUUUACAUUUUACCCCAAUUGUUGAGAAGAUCUGCGUGUGUGUGUUUGUGUGUUAGUGUUGUAGAAGCAAAAUGGUCUUCUGGAGUUACUGUAAUAGAGUCCUAUUAGAACUGUAAUUAUGGCCCAAACAUUCAUCCAGUAGUAUUGGAAUUGAUCAUGUUGUUAGGGAUAUAGAUGGUGUGUGUACUGCUUUUGACUUCAGCCGCCUCUCCUUUGGACCCUGCUACUGUGCUGGGCCGGGCGAUAGAGGGAUGGACAGAUACAUAGAGAUGGAAGGAGAGGAGGACCAUUUUUAUGACUGAAGUAGGAUGUAGAUUAUAGAUUGAGGGAUACAGCAAGGAAGAGAGGAGUAAGGGAGGAGAGGAGGCAGAAGGGUUUUUCCUUGGAAGACCAACUUGAUUAGCAGCGUAUUAGAUGGUGAUGGAGGUAGAUGUAGAGAGAAGACUUGAAGUUCAGUGUUCAAUGUGAUGUGGAAUUGGUUAUAGGGGCCCCCCGAGUGUGCUAGCUGUGCUACUAGAGAUUCUGGGUUCGAGUCCAGGCUCUGUCACAGCUGGUCGUGACCGGGAGACCCAUGGGGUGGCGCACAAUUGGCCCAGCGUCGUCCGGGUUAUGGGAGGGUUUGGCCGGCAGGGAUGCUCUUGUCCCAUCGCUCACCAGCGACUCCUGUGGCGGGCCGGGCGCAGUGCACACUGACACGGUUGCCAGGUGUACGGUAUUUCCUCCGACACAUUGGUGCGGCUGUCUUCCGGGUUAAGUGGAAAUUGUGUCAAGAAGCAGUGCGGCUUGGUUGGGUUGUGUUUCAGAGGACGCACGGCUCUCGACCUUCGGCUUCUCCCAAAUCCGUACGGGUGUUGCAACAAUGACAAGACUGUAACUACCAAUUGGAUACCAUGAAAUUGGGGAGAAAAAGGGAGUAAAAAAAAUCUGUAAUAAAAUGAAGAAUCGGCUAUAGACACAGUCAGUCUGACCCAUACACACACUGAUACUCACAUUGCGUGGGAGCCCAGUGCAGUAACAAUGGUCACACAGGAACACUGUCAUCACGCGUGUGAUGUGACUGGAGUCGAUUUGCUGACUAUAGAGCUAGUAGCUUCUCCGUAAAGAAAGGAGGGAGACAGAGGGAGACACAGUAUUAUAUGCUGUAUGAUACAUUUUAUGGUAGCAAUACCAUUUUUGUGUGUAUUUCUCUUCAGGAGUUGAUUGUAAUUAUUGUUAUUAUUUUGAUGAUUUAGAGUAGUGGCAUUGAACUGUGGACUGGGAAACGGGACCAAAGAGAGACCUAUGUACCUAUAGAUUCUCAUAUGAGCUGUUUAUACUGUCCUACUGCUUAUUACUAUAGGAGAAAGUCACUUCAUGCUGAUUGGAGAGUGAUGCCUACAGUAAGCAGCCGUGGCUCUCUGCUUCUCCUGCAUCCAAACUCCAGCGUCACAUGUAGAGAGAACAACACAGUGGGUAGAAACAUAGAGGGCCUGUGUUGAGGGAGAUGAUAUCUAAGCUUGUAUGAAGACUGUAUUGUGAUACAUCCAUCCAUGCUGCCGCCCCAGACUAAUGAACAAGAUUUAACUGGACGCUUCACAAUCACACUGUUGUUCAAAUCCUCUCUUCAUUGCUACCAUGUGUGAGCAGGGCUGCACUGUGUUGUUAUAGACAUGACUCACCUAGCGUCACUUUGAUAUUGACUGGACUACGUUUAGGGACAGCAUGGGGUGGCGGUACAGUACAGUAAGAUACAGAAGGAUACUGAGAUGAGACCCAUCAUUACUGAUUUAAGCUACUGUUUCUAUAGACCACUUCUGGAAUGAAGAGAAGCGGGUCUGGGGAGUUCGGAUGCAGGAAUUGCAGGCGCGACUUGUCGUCACUCUCACCAGUGUUGGAAUGACAGUUAUCUUUCACGAUCACUUUUGAAUUAUGCAUUCUCGUUGUGGCCAUAGCAACCGUUCCCUUACACCCUCCCCCAAAUAUGUAAUCAUGCAAAUGUUAUUGAUAGUUAAUCUAAGAAGCAGAGGGCGUAGUUACAAGUUGUGUUGAAACUUCAUUGCCUUUUUUUCUUUCACCCCCCACCCCUUUAUUUUCUCGUGUUCCCCUCUUCGUGUUCCCCUCCCCUCGUCCACAAUACUAGUCUCCAUCUCUCCUUCAUCCUGUCUUCCUUCUAGAAGUCGUAGAAAUGUAGUCCUGAAUACUCUCAUCACCAUUUCUUAUCUCACAAUUUCACUGUACGUUGCGGUGUAUUUAAUUUAAUUUGCUUAAACGGGUCGGGAGUUUUUGUUUUUGUUGGUGAUGUUUUGUUGAGAGGAACUUUUGUAAUUAUGUACUAUGCAAUUGGCAACAAUGGGAGAAAGAGGAAGAGACUUGGAUAGCUUUUGUUUGCCAUAUGUGAGACAACUCAUUUGUAUUAUACAAUACUAGAUGGCAACAAGAUGAGGUUAAAGAGAUUAUCUCUAACUUGGGCUUUUUCACCAUUGAAGCACAGUAAUGAGCAGGUUAUAUCCUAUUAUACCAGCUUAGGUUAAUACCUCCACCGCCACUGUAGUCUCAAGACUACUUGGCAAACGUGUGCUUACAAACCUCUCUCUCUGUCUUUCUUCCCUUUGCUUCCCCUCAUGUAUCCUAUUUACAAAUGCAUAGUGGUCUAGUUUUCUAUGUAUAAAAUGUAUUUAUAGAGAAGGGUGCCAUGUUCUGAUGAUCAAGCUUGUUUUUUCCCGCCAAAUGGCUCUCUAGUAAACAAACACGUUUGGUUGGGGAGAUGUUUGGCUGUUAAGGUAGAACCAUGAAAUUAACGUAGAAAGAGUUGGGUGACCAACAUCAAGUCUCCAGUUUCAAGUUUUAAUGUCACAAGUACAGUGAAAUGCCUUUCUUGCAAUCUCUAAAGCAACAUGCAUUCUAGGUCUGGCCAGGAGGUUUUCCUAGUCAGGUCAUAUGGUCCGGAAACCCCCCUGGCCUUACUUCUAGGUAAUCCAAGGUUUCAGAUAGGUGGUUUGUGGUGGAUUGACUGUAGGGUGGCUGUGUAAGUCCUGCAGUGUCCCCUGUAACUAUGCUAUCUCAGGGGUAUGUAUGUUACAAAGUGUAUUGUGUGUGUUCACCUCAGCGACCACAAGGUUUGACCAGCGCCAUGUUUGCACCAGCUAGCCAGCGCUUUGUAUAGAACAGGGUCUGGUCUGUCGCACAUGCAUCCGCCACAUGUAUAUCUAUAAACAAAUGAAUAUGCAAGAUCUAUACUGUGUAUUUUGGCUUUGAUUUCAUUGUGUAAGUGCUUUUAAUUGUAUACUUCAGAAGAAAUGAGGUACGUUUUUUUGUUGUAAUUUUCUGUUUUUUAAUAAAUGGGGAAGAAAAACCAACA